AUGCAAAACAAGGCUGACGACGACGAAGAAGAUUUAUUAGAUCCAAAUAUUGAGGUAUUAUAUUUAUAUAAAAUUGGUCAUAUGCGAGGAUUGGGAGUGUUAGGAUUUCCUAACUCUAGCAUAAAUACUUAUUGGGAAAAGAGUUUUGAUGAUUCACCUUAUUUACAAGUUUACUCAUUAAAUAGUAAAUCUUGUUGCACAAGUUCCAAAAGAAUUGAUCGUUUACCUUUCACAAAUCCUGUUCAAAUUUACAGAAUAUUAAAGUUAUUGCGCCAACAACUUGUUUACAAUACAUUGUUUCAAAGUUGUUUCAAUUCUUUUACAUAUAAACCUUCUCAACCCAAACAAAAUAGAAUGGACGUUGAUGUUGAAGGAGUUUCAUCAAGAAAAUUGGAAAUAAGGUUUAAUGUAAUAGAUCCACCAAACAAGUUUUCAAUAAGUUUCCAAUCAACUAAUCUUGCGUCAUCAUCAUUUAUAUUUUUACAAAUUACCAUACAACAAGAUUCACGGUUAUUGGUUACAUCCCAAUUAACUAGUAAUGUUGGUGAGACAAUACUGGAUGACAAAAAAUUAACAAAAGUUUUAGAAAUUUGUCAAAACAUACCAAUGUUGAUUGAAUGGGUUCUCAAGGCUUUAGAUAAAAGGUUUGGAGAACAAUAUAGCCACCAAUGA